GGAAAGCUGGAAGAACAAAUUCCACUGCCGAGAUCGCCUCAACUCAACCUCUGUGUCUCUACGUUACCACUUUUUGGGAUAUUUUGACGGCCAAAAUUGAGUUCAAGGUGUGGUGUUCGGACGCGGAUAAGCUGAAGCUGGCGAUCGAAUGAUAUAUAAUACAACCAGUGCAAGUGCAAGGAACUACGAGAAAGAAAGCAAAAAAAACCCAUUUGAGUUGUUUCGUGUAAUUUUUUUAACAUUUUCGUUACAUAUAUUUUUUUGCCCACUCUCCCUACGUGUGUGCCAGCUAGUUAUUCUUAUUCCGGCUAGUUCAUUUUAUAUUUAGUUAGUUUUUUGUGUUUUUUCGACCGGUAUCGCAGUUUGUAAUUAAUUGCCCCUGUUACUGUAAGUAGUUAAGGUUUCUUUACCAUGGAGUCACUAUUUAUGGAAAUGGUACGCCCAGUUACCUCGGGCAGCCGCCAGGCACCAGAUCCAUUUGACCAAUAUCUGGAAUGUCACGGUCUCUAUCGCAAGCACACGGCCCGCGACGCCUCCAGCUUGUUCCGUGUGAUUGCCGAGCAGAUGUACGACACCCAGCAUCUGCACUAUGAGCUGCGCCAGGAAUGUGUACGCUUUAUGACACGCAAGCGUCGCAUUUUCGAGCAGUAUAUCAAUGGAAAUUUCGACAAGUAUUGCAGAGAGUUGGCCAAGCCCAAGACCUAUGGCACCAUGCUUGAGCUGCGGGCCAUGUGCCUUAUAUAUCGUCGCAAUGUGAUCCUGUAUGAGCCCUUCAACCUGGGUGCGGGUGUGACCUUCAAUAGCCGCUUUGUGGAAAACUUUCGCGUAUUUUACACCAAUGAGAACCACUUUGAUUCCGUAUUUGAGCGCGAGUAUGUGGCAUCGGCAGCCGUUUGUCAGUCAAUAACUUUCAAGAUGCUCUACCAGUCGCUGUUCCAGCUGCCCGAUGUGAGCUUUGCCGUGGAGAGCAUGCUCCAUCCGAACACCUUCAAGUGGGACUUUUUCAAGGCCGAAUUCGAUCACAGGGGCUAUAUGGUGCGGCUGCGCUGUAGCGAUGGCCGCAUCUUUACGCUGGAUCUACCAGAGCUCACAAAAUGCAUUCUGGAGAAUUUUAAGCUCUGUAAAUUCCAUAGCAGCAGAAAGAACAGCAGUAGCAGCAGCCUGAGCAACGGAGAGGGCGAAGGCGAGUCGGGACAGGAGUCGUCUGAGCAUGAUUUACUGCAUAUGUGUCCGAAUCGUUAUGUCUCGUGUGUGCGUCAGCUGCUGGAUGAUGGUAUCACACCGUUUCCCUACAAGGUGGCCAAAUCCUUGGACCCAAACAUGUAUCGCAACGUGGAAUUUGAUGUGUGGAAUGACAUACGCAAAGAGGCAAAGCGCUACAAUGUCUAUAACAAUGAUUACAACUUUAAGGUGGGCGCCAAGUGCCUGGUGGAGUUCAAGUCGCAGAGAAGAACGUGCCAAUACACGGGCUACAUACAGAACAUCAACGUCAGAAAGACCGAGUGUGUUGUGUUUGUGGAGAAAUUUGCCAGAAAGAUAUUGGUACCCUAUGAUUCGCUGCAUCCGGUGGCACCCGAAGACUUUCGUCCCUGGGAUGUGCCCUAUCGCCAACAGACGAACAUGCAGCGACAGAUGCAGCGCGAUCAUAUGACCAAAUACUUUAACAAGAACAAGUUGCAAAAGUGGAAGAAAUCCAAGCAGAUCGAUGCGAGUGCCUACUUUCAGCCACAUCCACAGACCCAGGCGCAUCAGCAGCAGCGUAAUCUACGACAUUCGGAGCAUUCGCGUUCUCGUGAAGAUUCGCUAGAGAGCGCAUACAAAAGCAUGUUGGCAAUUAUUAAGCUGGAGCCGGAACAGGAAAAGGAGCAAACGCAUGAGGAGCAGCAGAAGUCUACGCCGUCAAAAGUCGAUAAGCGUGAGCGUGAUGAGCGGGUCUUCAAAUGGCGUCAGACAACGUCUAAAUCGCAGGAGCCAUCAGCUUCUGGGCCGGCUAAACCAGCAGCAGGAGCAGCAGGAGGCGCUGGACCCGCUCACUUUGUGAACUACAUGACACUGAUGGCGGGCGGCGGUCGCAGUGGCCAGGCCCAACCACCACCGCCAGCCUGGUCUGGCUCUCCGCUAGCCGUGCCUGAGGAGGCUUACCGCUUUCCAAUGCCGCCGCCAAUGAUGCCCUUCGGUAGUUAUGCACCAUCGCCGCAGGGGCCCAUUGCCCUGCAUCCGCAGCUGCCGUUUAUGCCACUGCCACCGCCGCCACCACCAAACCGUGCAGCUCCAUCGCUGCUACACCACCCCCACCCGUUUGAGGGACACCCACGUCGCUCGUUUAUUUCGAAUGUCGGGGAAAUGCCGCCGGAUAUGGAAACAUUGCGAUACUUCUAUAAUAUGGGAGUGGGCAUGCAUCUGCGCAUGUCGACGAUCGGAAUGGAAUCGGAGUUGAAUGCUGGCGGAGCAGAGGAGCAGUUGAGCAGCCUGAACUUGGCCACAACCCCACCGCCCACACCCGAUGCCGGUGAGCAGGACAAGGGCAAUCCCUUUGGGCCCAAGCGCGGCUCGGGGUCACGUGGCAAGCGUCCAGAGCAACUGAAAGAUCUGAACGAUACGCUGGCACAGGCUGUGUCCCUCUUGCCCACACCUACGCCAACGCCAUCGCCCAGUACCAGUGGCGGCCGGUCGUUCAGCUUUUUUAGCACGUCGCCGGGCGGAUUGCCACUGUCGCCGACGCACCUGGUGACACCAUCAGGGCCGCCAAUAUUCUUUCAACCAGGCUUACCGCUAACCACAAUGCCCAGGGGUGCUACUGGAGGACAGAAUCACUAUGCCUGGCCCUUGUCGCCGCCAAUGGUGCCUGCUGCCGCCGCUCCACCACUCUUUGAGGUGAUGAAAAACUUUCCUAACGAUGGCAAUCCGCUGCAGCAGCCCAAAAAACAGCCACAGCAGCAGCAGCAGGCGGCCACGAAGCCUUCCCCGGCCAAGAACCAGCCAGCAGAUGCCUAUGCUGCAGCCCGUCAUCAAUAAAGGGGGAAGGGAAGAGAGGAUUUCCUGAGGGACACCCACCACCGAACCAGCCAUGUGUAUCAAGCUAUCAAGUACAAGCUAAAACAUUCCAUCAGCAUACGCCUUCCAUUUGACUUACAUUUUUUUUAGAUUUACUCACUCACUUUUAAAUUUGUAGACUUUUUUAAACCCGUUGAGAAGAACCCCCCAAGAUAUUCCGCCAGAAGAUAUACUCUAGUUUUACGAUAUAUAUAUAUAUAUACAUUUUUUUUAAACGCACGCAAGAGAGCAUGAGUAAAAUUCAACCCAGAGACAAGCAGAGAAA